AUGUCCGAGCAGCUGCUGGCGCGUGGCGUCUCGCCGGCGCUGCUGCUCCUGCUCGCCGGCGGCGUCGCCGGCGAAUGGACGGGCCACCUUGGCCUGUCGUUCGAGUCGGACAGGAAGGUCGAGGAGCGGACGAUGCUCUGUCCAUCGGGCUUCAUCACCGGGCUCAAGGUGCGGCAGGGGCGUGACGAACGCUCAGACAUCGACACGUACGACUUCCAGCUGCAGUGCGGUCGGCGGUGGUCGGCCUGGACGGGGAUGACGUUCACGGGGCUGCGGCAGGAGAAGGCCUUCGAGUGCCCCAUGAAGAUGCACAUGACGGGGCUCGAGGUGACCAAGGGCCGGAGGGAGUGGGGCGACGUCGACACCUAUGACUUCAAGCUGCAGUGCUCUGGCGUGUGGCAGGAGUACAUGGGGCUGGGCGUCUCGUCGGCCAAGGAGCGUGCGGCCAAGGAGUGCCCCUCCGGCACCAUGGCGUGGGGUUGGAAGGCGUUCCGCGGCUUUGUCAAGCGCGGCGACCAGGACUACUACAACUUUGACCUCAACUGCAAGCCGGCAGCGGACUCGCAGCAGGCGGUCCGCAAGACGCCCAGUCCGCGCGAGAUUGGGCUCUCGCCCAACGUCUUCCUCUGGUCCGCCAAGGACGUCGGCACUUGGCUCGGCGCGAACAAGCUGCAGGGCGACGUCAUUUUCCUGCUGCUCGAGUCGCACCUGCAGGACCUCGGCAUGCGCAAGGAGGUCGUGCGGUGGGUCGAGGCGCUCGGGCUGCACGAGUGGGCGCCUCUCUUCCUCUCGCACCGCGUGCAGGGCGACGUGAUGUUCUCGCUAACCGAGGUGACGCUCAAGGAGAUGGGCAUGGCGCGGAUCGGCGACCGUCUCUUCACCGUCGACUGCCUCCAGUCCCUCUACGAGGAGCUCACCUCGUGGAAGAAGCGGCGCGAGACGGUGCAGGCGACCGUCGACCCGGCGAGGCUGCUCGGCGGAGGGGCGUCGGCCGCGCCGCAGGGCGGGGUCACAUCCGCCGGGCGGGGCUACGCGACGGCGAGCCCCUCCGGCGCCGGCGCGGGGAGCGCCGGCACGGGCGGCGGGCGCGGGUCCGCGGGCGCGGGCGCAUCGUCGGUGCUGCAGCAGCUGCUUGCGCAGGGGUUUAGCCUGCAGGAGGUGUAUGCCCUCGCAAAGUCGCGGCCCGAUCUGGCUGCGAAGCUCGGUCUCUAG